GGAUGGAGGGAUUCGCCGCUGUUUCUCGCCAUCACCACCACAUUACAUCCCAACAUGGAGACAAACGGAGCAGUCGCCUCGUCGUCAUCUUCAUCGCCACGUACCGCGCCACCAACAUCGCAGCAACCGCGCAUCGAUGAGCUCAUCCUCGAUGCUGGGCCUCUCCUUGCUCAGCUACCUCUGCGUGGUAUGGCAAAGAAGUUCUACGUGCCGCCAAUGGUAAUGGCUGAGCUAAAGGACAAGAAGGCGCGCGAUCACUUGGAGUUCCUCAAGGUUGGAGGCCUCGAUCUAGAAGUGAGGGAAGCAGGGCCUGAGGCUCUUGCUGCAGUCAUCGCAUUCGCAAAGAAGACGGGGGAUUAUGCCGUCUUGUCGCGCCCGGACUUGUCAGUUCUGGCCCUGGCUUAUGCUCUCGAGGUGCAGAGACACGGAACCUGGAGGAUACGAGAUGAAGUGGGAGGCAAGACGGGUCAGCAGAUGCAUGAGGCGAGGAGGAUGGUGGAGCAGCCGGCUGAGACAGGGCCGUCUUCAUCAUCAGCGGCAACUGCUGAGCGCAGGCGAGAGGAGAAUGGUUUCCAGGCAGAGACGACCGUCGAGCAAGACGAGCCAGUGGAGCACUCAGCCGCCGCGCCCGCUACCGAGGCCCAGUCAAUACAUUCAAUCGCUGACGAAGAAGAGGAAGCCAGCGAGGCAGAGAUUGCCGCCGCUAUCGCCAAACUCGAUUUACAGUCACAGCAGAAUGGAUCCUCGACUCACGGGGAGAAUGCCGACGAGGAGGAGCACGAGGACGACGAAGGCUGGACACACGUUGGCUCGUCUUCGAAACGCGUCGCUCGCGAACAAGAAGAUUACGGCGGCAGCGAUGGCGAGGGAGAGUGGGUCACAUCGGAGAAUAUUACGAAGCAGAAGCAGCGUGACCUUGGCCUGGUAACAGAUGAGGCUAUGGAAGCCAUGCGUGGCGACUCUGCUGUCAAAGAGGCAGUCGACCCUUCAAAUUCGACCGGCCCCUCCAAGCCUUCGCGCAAUCGCAAAGGCAAAAAGGGUCCCUCCCGCAUGACCGUAGCAACGAUGACGGCAGACUACGCAGUGCAGAAUGUCCUCAUUCAGAUGGGUCUUUCUCUCGUCUCCACCGAGGGCUUACGCAUUCAGAAAGUCCGCAGCUGGGUGCUCCGCUGCCACGCCUGCUUCAAGCUGUGCAAGGAUAGCGAGAAGAAGUUUUGCCCUCACUGCGGUAACCCGACACUGCUAAGGACGAGCGUGACGAGCGCUGCACCUGGUGCGAAAGGUGCUGCUACGGACGAGGGGCUACAGGUACACCUCAAGAAGAAUUUCCAAUAUAAGAAUCGGGGCACCAUCUAUUCUCUGCCCGCCCCUAAGCCUUCCUCCUCGUCAGCUCUCAAAGACCCCAAGCGUCGUGCUGUGCCUAUCCUGAGGGAGGACCAGCCCGAGUGGCAGAGAAGCGUAGAGAGGGAGAGGGUCCGCAAGCAUAAGGAGCAAAAGGCGCUGGACAAGUCACUGGAGAAAGGCUUCGAUACACUGAGUGCGAGGUACGACGAUCCGGACUUCAUGACUGGAUUGCUUGGUGGGGACUCGAGUAAGGGGUGGGAGGGAGGUCUGCCGGCUGUGGGGGCUGGCAGGCGCAACCCAAAUCAGGCGAGACACGGAAGGAGGAGAAAGUGAGCGUGAGAGUGUGUGAGACACCUGUAAUACUACUGUAUGGGAUCUGGC